CUACGACAGGAGAUCGAUCGUAUUUCAAAACUUCUAAACACUACAAAGAUGGUACUAACCCACCUGGUUGAUGCGAUAGAUGGAAGAAUCGUCUUAAAUGAGAGUCUUCGAGACGCCUUGGACUCAAUUUACCUUUCCAAGGUUCCCUCAGUUUGGCUCAGGAUAUCUUGGGAGGCCUCGACUUUGGGAUUUUGGUUUACGGAGUUAAAGGAGAGGAACGAUCAACUUUACUCUUGGCUUAGCACGGGAGCCCCACAUUCCUUCUGGUUUCCUGGGUUCUUCAAUCCCAUGGCUGUUGGACCAAAGUCCCGCGUGCUAAGUAAACUGGAAUUUGGUGCCAAGCUUAACUUAAGACAACAGUGCGUGCAAACAAAAAUGUCGUAUCUCACUUUAAUUGUGCUGUGCUUGCAGGGACUUUUGACCGCCCUUCGGCAGGAAGUUAGCCGAUCACACUCCGGUUGGUCGCUGGAGUUUGUAAGUUUGCAGACUGCUGUGACGAAACGCUUGUACGAAGAAGUCACUGAGGCGCCCAAAGAGGGCAUGUACAUCCACGGUCUCUUCCUUCAAGCCGCCUCAUGGGACCGACGUGGUAGUCGCAUUGUGGAACCCCGACCCAAGCAACUCUUCGACUUCAUGCCUGUCAUUCACGUCACCACGAGGUAUGAACUCACAGUCGAGGAGAUGCGAUAUCAACAGCAGAAGAUAAUUGACGAGAAUGCCAUGCUUCUCGUUCAGCAAAACAACAGCUCUGUUGUUCAAAGGCUCACAUCUCGCCUUGCACAACAAGAAGCAUCGAACGCAUCCAUUGAAAAAAUGGACAUUCCUGUGUAUAGAAAGGUGCGUAGGACUACAAAGAACUUCAUCACUCGAUUUACAAUUCCCUGUUCCAAAACGGCAGAACACUGGAAAAUGCGCGGUGUGGCACUGCUUUGUGAUAUACGCUGA